CAUUCAGACUUUUCGGAUGUACUGCAGCAGUAGCGGAGACGACGCCUUCUUGUUUCAUUCCGUGUUUGAACCCUUUUCCGUGCUGAUCUCGAUUCGGGUUUCGUGUCGGGAACAUUUCAGUGGACGUUAUUUCAGUGUUUGGGUUUAGGGGGUAGCGGGUUUGAGGUGGAGAAGGUGGUGGAGGAGAAGGUGGAGAAGUUUUCUCAGCGUCAUCUCAUUUCCUCCACCUUCCCCACCUCAAAUGAAAACAUGGUGCAUUGGCAGGUGCGGGUCUGAUUUCAGCUUUUUUCUCCUCGUUUUUCGACUCCACGGCCACACCAUGGCACGCGUACAGGCUUUGCGGAUUGUCUGGGCACUGAUUUAACAUCUGGUUUGCUCUGGUUUUUUGGGGUCAAUCUGGAAAUUUCUCCUCCUCGCCCCUGUUUCUUUGGCGCUUUAGCUUAGCUGCAUCCCCUCCGUGCCGGGGCCCCCCUUCCAAACCAGGCCACAGCGAUGCGGACUUUACUACUGCUUUGAUUUCUAACCUUAAAUAUAUAUAUAUUAGCUAUAGUAAAGGAAAGAAGCUUUAUAUAAAUAUAUAUUUUUAGGUAUAUUUUAUGGACCUGACGGAUAGCUAGGAGACGCUUCCCUGAGCAAGAGCCAGAAUGCCGAAUGCGAAACGGCUGCUGCGGCUUUCCAACCGCUCCUUCUUGGCCUUCAUUUUCUUCUUCUCCAUGUCCACGACCUGCCUAUACUUCAUUUACGCGGCCCCUGGAAUAGCCAACACGUACUUCUUCAUGGUGCAGGCUCAGGGUAUAAUGUUACGUGAUAACGUGCGGACAAUUGGCCAGAUAAUCAGAUCAUACACCAAUAAGAACAGCACUCUGAAUGGCACAGAUUAUCCAGAAGGGAACAACUCCAGCGAAUACUUUGCUCAACCGACUACAUACCUCCCGGAGAAUUUCACCUAUGCCCAGAACCUGCCCUGCCCCGAGCGUUUACCUUCUAUGAAGGGUCCUAUGGAAGUAAAUAUGACCGAGCUUUCUUUUGAAGCGGUUGAACUGCAUCUUCGACAGCUGGGUAUUCAGUAUGGGGGACACUGGAAGCCCGAAGACUGUCAACCACGGUGGAAGGUGGCUUUUCUGAUCCCGUUUAGGAAUCGUCAUGAACAUCUUCCCAUUCUGUUUCAGCAUCUUGCUCCGAUGCUGCAAAGGCAACACUUGCAGUUUGCCUUUUAUGUAAUUGAGCAGGCAGGUACACAACCUUUUAACCGAGCCAUGCUGUUUAACGUGGGCUUCAAGGAGGCAAUGAAAGACCUGGACUGGGACUGCAUGGUUUUUCACGAUGUGGAUCAUAUUCCUGAGAAUGACCGUAACUAUUAUGGCUGCGGGCAGAUGCCUCGUCACUUCGCCACGAAACUUGACAAGUACAUGUACAUUCUGCCCUACAAUGAGUUCUUCGGAGGAGUGAGUGGACUGACAGUAGAGCAGUUCCGCAAGAUCAACGGGUUUCCCAAUGCAUUCUGGGGCUGGGGAGGGGAGGAUGAUGACCUCUGGAACAGGGUCCACUUUGCUGGCUUGAAUGUGACCAGACCCGAAGGAGAUAUUGGCAAAUACAAAUCAAUUCCCCAUCACCACCGAGGAGAAGUGCAGUUCCUAGGAAGGUACAAGUUGCUACGGUAUUCCAAAGAACGGCAAUUUUUGGACGGUCUGAACAAUCUCCAGUAUUCCCCAGAAAUCUCUAUAAGUAGUCUGUAUAAGAACAUCUCUGUUAACCUGAGCCCUGAGCUUGCCCCCAUAGCAGAGUACUGACCUCUGCCUCUUCGUCGUCUCCACUCCGCCAUCAGCACCCGAAGACGACCGACUCGGCAUCGUGGAGAACACCGUGGCCCGAACAUCGCAUACGGCCACCACGUAAAACCUUCAAAAUCAACAGACAAAAGGUUAAUAGGCCCGAAAGCUAAAACGAUUGUGCGCGCGUGUACCAUCGCACGCGUGAAUUCUUACGUGUUUUCUGUGUGCGUGCGCGUCCCAAUGCAUGUCUCUACGUUUAUGCGGCUUCAGCUACUCAAAAUCACCUCAUGCUAGGAAAAAAAAAAAAGAAAAAAAAAGGAGGAGGAGUAAUCAGGGCGUGUCAGUGUCAACAAUUCAAAUGUUUACUGUGAAGCCUUAACUGAUUUUCAUAGGCUGUUAUCACUCUAUCAUUUCUCAUCCAUGCCAACAAUGUAGAUCGCUCAGUUUUACAACUCUACAUCGAUUUAAACGCCAAUAGAUAUUUUAUGGCUCGUUUUUGUAUCAUAGUUGUAUUUUAAGGCAUAUGACGAUUGUUUUUCUUUUUUUGGGGGGGGGUUGGCCUUCGGCCUUCCUUAUUUAUUUAUUGUUUUCCCUUUCUUCGAACACUCCAGUGGGGUGUGUGUGUGUGUGUUAUGUAAGAGUCCAUGUUUUCUUUUCUCCCCGCAAGCUGUGAGUGCACGAGGGAUCACAACCGCUCACUUGAUCCUGUAAUGUCAUGCAUCAUUCCAGUGCACAUGUUCUUACUUUGGCAGCUAAGUGUCUUCUCGUCUCCCCCACCCCCCCACCAUUCCUCACAGAAACAGACACUUUAAAUUUAGGGACGGAAGUCAAACGAAAUUAAGGAUGUGGUCUAAUAAAACAAAACACCAAUAUCA